AGGACGUAUUUUUGGCGAACUUAUGAGUAUAGAUGAUGUUGACCUUGGUAACCGUUAGUCAUACAAAACAACCUACAAGUUAGCUUGUGCUAUGAUUGGGUGUAAGUCCUAUCAGUUUUCAUCAUUUUAAGCAAUUUAUAGUGUUUUAAUUGAUGAAUCAAGAGACUUGGGACAGUGAGCUUGCUUCAAGAUACCCUUUAAAACAUUUGUAUUUAAUUCAACUAUUAUUCCAGACAGUAAUGUAAAGACGAUAUCAAAAUUUCACAGAGCUUUAGCUGGUUAUUAUAAAAGUCAUAUGUUACGAUUUCUUGGUUUUUUAGCAUUUUAGAUGUAAAUUUUGAAUUAGUAGAAUUUAACUAAUGUAUAAGGACGAGCUAAUUGGAUUUUUAGUCAAGACUCUGGAAUUUUCGCACCAAAUAUACUCUUCAUUCCGUCUCAGUGUCAUUACUGCGUCAUAGCUCAUGUGAUUGCUCGAUUAAAUCCAUAUUACUUAUCUUUAUUCCUGGCUCUUUUCUCUAAUUCCUAAUCUUCAUUCCUAACGUUUCACAUCAGAUCUGUUUUGAUCUACGUAAGUCGUUUAUAUCUCGUAAAAUCACCCUUGGAAUCGCUGACAAUCGUUCUUAUAACUAAGCUUUUCUUUAGGCACUCAUCAAUGUCACCACUGUAAUAGUACUACAAACAUUACAUGCAUAGUCUAAAUAAUGAAUCAUGCAAGACUAAGAAAUUCAGUGUCCAUAAUUUUCCUCAAAUUAUCCUUAAUAAACAUUUGAAAAGAAUGUUGAAACUGAUGCGAAACUUUUAAUGAGUGACCCUUAUGGGAGAAUUCUUAUUUUUAAAUCCUAUGAAAUUUCAUGAAACUGUAUUCAUACUCAAAGUAUUCAAACUUCACAAGAUGCUAUAGUACACAAUCAACCUGCUACUCAGAAACAACGCACAUGAUUUGUUAACAUAAAAGAUCUUUCACUACAUUAAUUUAAAGUCAUUAUCAAAUUGAAUAAUUUUUAUGUUACCAGAGUUUAGAAAAACUCUAGUAUUUUUACUUCAGAAGGAGUUCUUUACACGGAAUCGGGUUUGGAAAUCGACAGGAUUAAAUUGGCUUCAACGAUUACACAAAGUUUGCAAACCCAAUAUCUAUAGUCUCAGUUUCGUCUAUAAGCAAUGAUAUGCUGUUAUGUUUUUCCCAUCUCUAUACAUAACGAACAGCUCAUAACAAUAAUGAUAAUAAUGAUCAAGAUAUUAAAGAGGAUCUAUUGAAAAAUGUCAAAAUACAAGUAAAAAUGCUUAUGGAAGAAGCUGUCAUCCGUGGUUAUGUUCAUGAAGAUAGUGAAACAAUCGGUAAACUGUGUUCAUCCGUUGAAGCGGUACUUCUUUAUGGAGUACGUCGAAGUAUAUUCACAUGGAUAGAAGAAGAAUCCACUUAUGUAUUAUGUCAAAAAAUAGCAAAAUUUUGUCCAGAAGCUCAACAUACAUUAAAUCGUAUAGAUUAUUAUAAACAAACUAUUUUAAAGAAACGUAAUGAUUCUGAUAUAAAACGUAAUCUAUCAUCAUUACAUCAUAAUAAUACAAUGAAUAAAUCAUUUAUAUUUAAUGAAAAAUCAUCAUCAUCAUCAUCAUCAUCAAUGAAUUUCACAUUUUGGUUAAAUGAUAAACGUAAUAAUCUAUCCAUAAAUGGUCGUCCUGAUACUUUCUUUCAAAAUUUUUGGAUUCGUGUUGGUAUCUAUGAAAAAGUGUUAGAUAAAAUUGUCAAAUUUUUAGCUGAUAAUACAUUACAAUAUUACGAACCAUAUUCUGUUAUUGCGGAUCCAUGUUAUGGGCAAUUGAUCAGUGAUCUAUUGCGUGGUCCAUGUACCAUUGAUUAUUCACAUACACGAACAACAGAUCAUCUAUAUACAGAUCCAUCAAUUUCUGAAUUAAUACAACGUCGUGGUAUUUAUAGUAGUUUAAUGUCUAAACAAUUGACUUAUAUACCACCAAUUAGUAGUCAACAAUUAUUAAAUCAAUCCAUUGAACAAUCUAAUGUCAUUGAUAUCAUCGAUAGAAAAAAUAAUGAUCAAUCUUAUUUAUCGAAAUAUACUUCAAAAGAACUAUUCAAUGAAAAUUCUUCAAUAGAUGAAGAUGGUUAUAAUGAUAAUGGAAAUAUGAAUGAUCAUUCAAGUAUAUCGAAUGAUACUCCUCCUCCUCCUCCACGUCCUUCCUCUACUGCUACUACUACUACUACUACUACUACUAAUAAUAAUAAUAAUCGAAGAUUAUUCAACAGUCAUAAAAUCGAUAAUCGUAUUGACCAUGUAAAUCAUUCUUCUAGUCAAUCCAAUUGGAUGUGUAAACGUGGCAGUUCUCCACUUAUUAAUAUAAGUGAUAUGCCAACUAAUCGAACAAUAAGAACUGGUUCAUGUGCAUUUCUGCCACAAAUGAAUGAAUUUAAUUCAACUAAGUCAAAUCGUAACUUUAAAUCAAAUAAACAUAUUGCUUUAGCUGCAAAAGAACAUGUGGAAUCAAUGCAUCAAAGUUUACGAACACGUUUAUUAUAUGGAAAGAAUAAUGUAUUAAUGCAACCGUCCAAUUCAUCAAAUCCAAUACCUGGUUAUUUAUCUUUAAUCGAUGGUGAAUGUGGUAAAUUGAUUGUACUUAAAUGGACACCUAAUUCAGCUGUAACUACUCCACAAAUGAAUAAUCAUAAUGAAGAAUUUUGUUUCUCUAAUGAAUCAAUACUGGAUUCAAGACUUGAUUUAGAUGAUUUAAAUGAAAAAGAAGCUUAUUGGGGUUAUGCAAUUAAAAUCAAAAUGUCUGAUGUUGUUUAUGGACAUUUACAUGAAUUUAAUAAUCAAUAUAUACUAACAUUCAUUCGAAAUGAUGGAAUCCAAUUAGCUCCAUUUCAUUUUUAUGCACAAAGUCAUGUUCUUACAUUUUUAAAUUGUUUAGAACAAGGUUUAAAACAACGUGGUGGUUAUUUGAAUCCAUCUUGUGAAUUGGAUACAUCUACAUCAGUCACAUCAGAAUAUUCCAUGAAAUCUUAUCGUCCAUCAAUGCCAUUCAUUUUCGGUAAUCGUAAUUCAUUAUCACCUCCUCUAUCAACAUCAAUAACAAACAAUGAUACUAAGACAAAUUCAUCCAUAACAUCAUCUCAAAACUAUCCAUCUACACUUUACAAUAAACCUUCUAAAUUAAAUCAAUCAUUAUCAUUAACAAGUUCAAAACUGAGACAACGUAUCUAUAUGAAUAUUUUAAAAGCAUUUAAUCAUACAGAUGAUAUGAAUAAUGAUGAAGAAUUACAAACACCAUAUUCAUCACCUUCUAUUUGUAUACCAGAGGAAAAAUGUCCUAUUCAACAUGUUUAUCUGAUUGCAUCUAAAACUAGAGAUAGUCAUGCAAUGGGAAUAAUGAAUAAUAUCAAUACAUCAUCUGUAUUAUCGAAACGACUCACUUUAGAUGGUAUUUCAGAAGAAACUAUCAAUGAAUCAGAUGAUAUUAUUGGACAGUCAAACAAUCAACUAUCUAUACAUAAAGAUGUAUUCAAGAAAUUACGUAAUAAAAUAUUAUCGCAUGUAUUUCAUAAAUGGUACAAUCAUUUUAAUAAACUACGUACAGUCCGUAAAAAGUUAGCUGAUCUUGUAUCACCUAAUUUUUUAACAGUUGAUUCACCAACAAAUGCUGAAGAAGGUGUCACUGUAGAAUUUUGGAAUCAAUUAAUGACAAAUUCUAUUCCACAAAUCCCAUUCAGUGAACUUUGUCGUUAUAUUUAUUUUGGUAAUUGUGAUCCAACAAUUAGAAAUGAGGUAUGGCCAUAUUUAUUGGGUCUAUAUACAUGGAACUCAACUAGUGAACAGUUGAAUGCAAUCAAUAUACAACAAAAAGAGAUUUAUACAAAUGCUUUAAAUACAUGGAAUCGUGUUGUACAAUAUUUAAAACAAGAUGUUCGAUAUGCUAAUUUCAUAGCAAUUGUUCCACCUAAUAAUGAUUCAACUGAAUUUAAGGAGUGUUUAGAUCAUUCAAAAUUUAUUGCUGAUAAUGAAUUAUCAAUGAACUCAACAAAACAACCAAAUGAUAUAAACAAUGUAGAACUAGAGAAUAAUGUAAAUGAUGAUAAUGGUUUACAUGAUAAUCGUUCUUCAACAGUAACACUUCCUAAUGAAAUAUCUACUUCUAAAUUAUCAAAUCUUUCGACUGAUUCACAAUUAUUUAUCAGCAAUACACUUCAAGAUCAAUGUGAAUUUUCGCCAAAUACAUUAGAAAUAUUUGCUGAUAAUUUAUAUAGAAUUGAUAAAGAUGUUACAAGAUGUGAUCGAAAUCAUACAUUCUUUAUGACACCAAAAAAAGGUUCCAAAUCUUCACAUCCUAACACAACUGAAUUAAGUUCUAAUUUAAUUAAAUUACGUAAUAUUAUAUCAACCUGGGUAUGGUUACAUCUUGAUAUUGGUUAUAUACAAGGAAUGUGUGAUUUAUUAGCGCCCAUUUUAAUUAUUAUUGAAGAUGAAAUUAAAACAUUUGCAUGUUUUAAUUGUUUAAUGAAAUGGAUGUUACCUAACUUUCCACUUAUAAAAAAUUCUUUAUCUCAAUCAUCUAAUUCAAUUAAAUUAUCACCAUCUGAAACUCAUUUAUUACUAACGCCAUCAUCAUCAUCAUCGUCGUCGUCGAAGUCGACGUCAACAUCAAUGUUGACUAAUCAUAUAGAGAAAACAAUCAAUAAUAAUAAUAAUAAUGAUCGUACACGUACAACUUUAUUACAGAUGGCUGUAAAAGCAGCUCGUCGUCGUACUACAACAAUGUAUAGUAAAGAUAAUACCAUAGAUAGUAAUACUAGUAGUAAUAAUAAUCACUCAAAACAAUUUCAUUAUGAUAAUAAUACAUUGCGUUGUACAAAUAAACUCAAAGAAACACCAUCAUUAUCAUCCGCAACAUCAACAUCAUCAUCGUUGGCAUCAUCAUCAUCGACAUCGUUAGAGAGAAUCACUGAUAAAACAAUUGAACAAUCAUAUCAUCAUCAAAAUACAAAUAUAAUCAUUUCACCAUAUGAUAAACUAUUAUUGAACUCUUCUGAAUUAUCAGUACCAUGUAUGGAUAUAAGAUUUUCUUUUCUUCAAUCAUUAAUAGAAAUCUUUGAUCCAGAAAUGAAUAAUCAUUUAGCUCAAAAAGUACCAGAAGGACAGUUAUUGUUUUCAUAUCGUUGGCUAUUAUUAGACUUUAAACGAGAAUUACAAUAUGAUGAUAUCUUCCCUGUAUGGGAAACAAUAUGGGCAUCACGUCGUAUAGUAACAUAUGAUUUUGGUAUAUUUUUUGCAUUGGCAUUACUUGAAUAUUAUCGUGAUAUUUUAAUUUAUUAUAAUAUGGAUAUAACAGAAAUUAUUCGAUUUUAUAAUGAAUUAACCGAACAACAUGACUGUGUUACACUACUAGAAUUGGCACGUAGUUUUGUCUUUCAACUACAACAUUUAAUGGUAGACAGGUGA